AUGUCGGGCGUCGACACGGCAGACUCUACGACCAACGCCCUCCCGAGCGAUGCGCGACCCGCCUUUGUGACGCCGAGGGACCUGCUCCAACAGUCCCGAGCGCCUCUACCCCCGAAAGAGCAGCCGCGCCAACUUUCAGCUGUUGACCGCGAGCAACUGGACGGCCUGAGAACCAUCAGAGCUUUCCUCAAGGCCAGAACGAGCUACGAUGUGCUUCCUAUAAGCUAUCGCCUGAUCGUCUUCGACACGGCGCUGCUGGUGAAGAAGAGUCUGAACAUACUGAACCAGAAUGGUAUCGUCUCAGCGCCGCUAUGGGAUUCCAAGUCAUCUACCUUUGCCGGACUCCUCACGACGUCGGACUAUAUAAACGUCAUACAGUACUACUGGCAGAACCCAGACGCUUUGGCGCGGGUCGACCAGUUCCGCCUGAACAGUCUGCGAGACAUUGAGAGAUCUCUGGGCGUCAAACCCAUAGAAACCAUAUCCAUCCACCCCGACCGACCCGUAUACGAAGCAUGCCGCAAGAUGCUCGAAUCGCGCGCGCGGCGUAUCCCCAUUGUCGACAGCGAUGACGAGACACGUAGAACCAUGGUCGUUAGCGUCAUCACUCAAUACCGCAUAUUGAAAUUCAUCGCUGUGAACGUCAAGGAGACACAGAAGCUGCGAAAGCCGCUGAAGGAGCUUAAUGUCGGUACAUACGAGGAUCUCGCGACUGCAUCGAUGGACACACCGGUCAUGGACGUCAUCCACAUGCUUGUUAAGAAGAGCAUAUCUAGUGUGCCCAUUUUGGACAGAGCCGGUACCGUGCUGAACGUCUUCGAAGCCGUCGACGUCAUUGCACUUAUCAAGGGCGGUGUAUACGACGACCUGAACCUCACAGUCGGCGACGCGCUACUAAAGCGCUCAGACGACUUUCCCGGCAUCUUCACCUGUUCGCUCAACGACAACAUGUCCACCCUCUACGACACGAUCCGCAGAUCGCGCGUCCACCGCUUCGUCGUCAUCGAUGAAAAUAGCAAGCUCAAGGGCAUGGUGACGCUAAGUGACGUUCUCGAGCAUACGCUACUGGAAGGCAUGGAGGACGAGUAG